UUUCAUGCUUCUUCGAUAUUCAGUUCUGUGUAACUUCUCGUCCAAUUUCGAUAGCUUUUUGCCUCUUAUUUGAUCGUUUACCUGUCAUAAUCUUCCAUCAUUUUUCAUAAUCUUUGCUUGUUUCCACACCCCACUAAGUUCACCUGCCAUGGAGUUUUCUGGGACUCUCAAGUUCCGUUUACAUAAGGCAUCUCUGUUCCCCACUGACGAUCCUCUCAAGAACAAAAUAUCUAUUAGACCCAUAUGGAAGAAGGAACCCAAUCCGCCACUCUCCAACACUUCACUCACUGUAAGAGCCAAGAAAUUAACAACGGAAGGCGUCAGCGAAGAGUUAAAUGCCAUCGUUUCUCAGAAUCUGGACUUUGCAACCGCUCGCCGACAGGUUCGUGCCGCUUUUACGGAGUUCCAACAACAGCUGGAUCAUUGCUUAUUCAAGAUGGCUCCUACUGGGAUCAGAACCGAGGAAUGGUACGAACGGAAUUCGAGAGGUUUGGAAAUAUUCUGCAAAAGAUGGAUGCCGGAAUCUGGAGUUCCAAUUAAGGCCGCUUUGUGUUUCUGCCAUGGGUAUGGCAGUACUUGUACCUACUUCUUUGAAGGUGUAGCCAAGAGAAUUGCUGCAUCUGGAUUUGGUGUUUAUGCUAUGGACUAUCCAGGUUUUGGUCUUUCAGAAGGGCUACACGGACACGUAUCAAAUUUUGAUGAUUUGGUUGAUGACGUUAUAGAACAGUUUGCAUCAAUUAAAUCAAGGCCUGAGCUGAGAGGGUUGCCUAAAUUUAUAAUGGGGCAAUCAAUGGGUGGAGCAGUUUCUCUUAAAGUUCACUUGAAGGAACCAAAUAAUUGGGAUGGACUGAUCCUUUUAGCACCAAUGUGUAAAAUUGGAGAGGGCUUGUUACCAUCACCUGCAGUUUUGAAGGUGUUAAAUCUUCUGUCAAAAGUGAUGCCAAAAGCAAAACUCUUCCCAAAGAAAGAUCUAACUGAGCUCUCCUUCAGAGACCCGAGCAAAAGAAAAUUGGCUGCGUACAAUGUUAUUUCAUAUGAUGAUCGAACGAGGUUGAAAACCGGCAUGGAACUUCUAAGAGCCACGCAAGAUAUCGAGUCACAAGUGCAGAAGGUUUCAGCUCCGCUGCUGAUUAUUCAUGGAGGAUUAGACAAGGUGACAGAUCCUGCAGUGAGCCAAUUUCUUUAUGAGAAAGCGUCAAGCAAAGACAAGACCCUGAAGAUUUAUGAAGGAGGCUACCACUGCAUUUUGGAAGGGGAAUUUGAUGACAGAAUUUUCAGUGCUCUUGAUGACAUCAUCUCGUGGCUUGAUUCAAGGAGCCUUAAAUGAGGUCCAAUGCAUACUGUCUGUACCUGAAGCAGUGGAAAGAAGAUCACAAAGAAAUGAUCUUUCUUUCGCCCGGUUUAAUAUCACAUUCAACCAACAAAAUUGCCAUAUAUCCUAGUCGUCUACAUUUUCCUCCCAACCAAAA